GGCGUUUUCCCUGAGCGCUUGCCCAGGUGACAACGCGGAAUGUUAGGGCUUUAUCUGACGGCUUUCCUGGAGGUGUUGCACCUUCUCUGCCGCCUUCCCCCUCAGGUCGCCUUUUCUCCCGCCAGUUCACGGAUUCCGUCACGGCGACCCGCAGUUCCAGUAUUGUGCUUGCUGGUGAGAAGGACCCCUCGAAGUGUUGGAUACAGGCCAGACUUUGUUGGAUUUGAAAUUCCAGACAAGUUAGUUGUUGGAUAUGCCCUUGACUAUAAUGAGUACUUCAGGGAUUUGAAUCAUGUUUGUGUCAUGAGCAAAACUGGAAAAGCCAAGGACAAAGCCAAAGAGUGCAAGUUGAAUCUUUGA